AUGAAAGGGCAUUGCUUGAGCGACUGAAGAAGCGCGAGCUGGUGCGCGAGCAGAGACUGCGCCAAAGGCAGUUGGCGGGCUUCGGCUCCGAGCGCGAGAAAUGGACGCGCAACGGCAGGCGCAGCCGCAGAGUCUGGGUAAUGGCUCUGUUGAUGCGGUGGUGGCAGCAUGUAGCGACGCAGACGCGCCAUGGGCGGCGACCGGGGUCGCCUCGUCCGUGCCUUUCGCAGCAGUGACCCUGGCCUCUUCGCAACUCCUGCCACCGCUGAUCCUGGCUCCCACAUCGCCAGAGGAAUACGCACUUCCUCCGGGGUUAACGCAGCCGCAGCACUUGGGCCUGGAACGACUUCCCGCGCCGCAACUGUCACAUGUGCUGGGCGAGUGGGCCGCUUUGCCGCUCAAUCUGUCAGUAGCGGCCGUGGCCGCAGCCCCGGCCGCUGCCCUAGCUGCUGCCAUGACCGCCGUUCAUUCGCCCCCAGAGCUGCUACUGCGGCCGCAGCGGCUGGGGGAUACACAGGGCCCGUGGGGCCCGUCGCCGCUGCCGCGCCAGGGGCCAAGAGGCGCGGCAGCGGGUCCGUCACCGGGCGCCGCCGGUGCGACUGUGGCUGCCGUUACCGCAGGCCCUCAGAACUACACUGCAGCCGACGCGGCUGCAGCUGGAAACACUCCGAAAUUUAUGGAGGACCAGGCUCUGAUGUGGACGGCGCCGGGCGGCUGGGCUGCAGCCGCAGCCGCAGCCGCAGCUGCAGCACCCGAAGUGUCGAGCGCACUGGCGGCGGGACUGUCGCAACUGGGUGCCGCUCGAUGGGGCGUGGCGGCUGCGGCAGCGGCAGGAGCUGUGGCUGCUGCAGGUGCGCCCUACGUGCGCCACGGCCAGAGAGGGGCCUCCGGCUUCUUCGCCCGCGGCACCGGCGCCUUCACCUGUCACGGCUGCUGUUUGCGCAAUAGUUACCAGUGCGGUUUCUACGGCCCGCCUGGGACGCGAAGCCUGGAGGAGGCUGGUGGGCGGGAGUGCGCGGACUGCGGCACGGAAUCGACGUCCCAAUGGCGGACUUACCGCACGCACGUGGGGUUGUACGUUUGCGUGUCAUGCAAGAGCAAGCGACUGGGCGAGGUCCGGCGGUCAGGGGCGAAGGGUCCUGAGGAGAAGGAGGGGUCGGAGACCGGCAGCGGCCGACACAGCAGUCCUCAGCUGGGGCUGCCGACCAGCCGGACAGAUGCUGACGGUUCGGAGCAGCUGCCCGCGGCCACGACGCCCACACACAGCAUUGAUGGCUGCAGCCGUGAACCAGCAGCAUCGCCGCGCCUGCUGCAGGUGCCGCUGUCGCCUCUGUCGCUGCCGCUGCCCGGUGAUGACAAGCCUGGCGCUUUCCCUGGCGUGGUCACUGGCGUGCUUGCUGAUGCGGCUGCCGGUGGCACGCCGCCGCUGGAGGCCGCGGCAGGUAGCACCGGCUCACCCCUAGACGGGCUCGCCGAGCAGCGCCCUGUGUCGCCCGGUGCCGUUCAUUGCGCCCACUGCGGCGCAUCCCACCAGCGUCGGCCUGGCGCCCCAUUUGGCUGCUUCGCGUUUGAGACCGGCGCCUUCACCUGCCACAGCUGCUGCAGAAAGAACAGUGCCGCGCACGGCUUCUACGGCCCGACCGGGACGCAGAGCAUGGAGGAGGCGGGGGGGCGGGAGUGUGUCGAGUGCGGCACGGAGCAAACAAGUCGGUGGCACGUGAGCCAGAUGCACCCGGGCUCCUACUGCUGCAACGCGUGUGGAAUGAGUCAGAAGCGGCUGGAUAAUGCCGGAGGUGCCCCGGAGCUGCAGUGCGCCGAGCAGGGCGGCAGCGGCAGUGACAAGCAGCAACCGUUGCAGCCACAGCAACAGCACCAGCCGCAACAACCACAACAGCAACAGCGGCAGGUGGUGGCCGGGAGCCGGGACACCGGCAGCCGGUCCGCCGUCUCAAUGCAGGAGCCCGCGCACUUGACGCCAGCGGCCGCCGCGCCGCUGGCCCCGCAGGCCGGUGCGGCGCCGACAGCGAGCGAGCAGCAGCUGCGCGCAGCCGAGCAGCAGCCGGAUGAGUGCGUGGGCAAGGACCAGGACCGGGAGGCGGACUCGGACUUGGGCCAGGGCCUGUGCGAGCGUGCAGGAGCGAUGGCAGGCGGGCCUGCCGCUAGCAUGGAAAGCGGCGGCAGUGCUGAUGGCUGCGAGGCACUGAACGCGGUGGCUCCUGCAGCAGCGCCUGCAGCUGAAGUUGCAGCAGCUGCCGCAUUGGCCGCUACGCAUGCGCCGGGCGCCGUUGGUCUGCAGCCGCCGCCGCGGCUGCAGCAGCCUGUGGCUGGUGCCGGCGGGGCAGAGGCUGCGGCGGCGCGCCAGCCAGGGGACACGGCAGCCGCGGGGCAGCCUCAGCCGCAGAGCCGCACGGAGUUAGCUGCAGCUGAUACAGGUGCUCAUCAGCCGCCCGGCCGCGGUGCGGCGGCUGCGGCGACGGCAACGGCGCUGGUGCCGUUGCUGCCGAGAGUCAAGAGCCUCAAGAGCACACGGCUGGCGGCAGCUGUCCCGCGCGCCCUCGUGGCCAGCAGCAGCAGCAGCAGCAGUCGCUGUGGUGGUGCCCGCCGUGAUGGUAGCCCUCCUGGGGCUGGCGAUGCGGCGGCGGCAGCGGCGGCAGCGGCGGCAGCGGCGGCAGCGGCAGCAGCGGCGGCAGCGGCGGCAGCGGCGGCAGCGGCGGCAGCGGCGGCGGUGCCUCCGCCACCUCAGCCGCUUCCGGCGCCUCCGCUGCCUCUGCCGCCCCCGCCGCCCCCGCCGCACGCAGGGUCGGGCUCAGAGCCUACCGGGGCUCAAGGUGGGUCGACGUCCCAGCGGCGUUCACAGCGCUUGGCGGGCGCUGCCGGCGGCGCGGCCGCCUCGGCAUGCAGCAACGGCGGCCAUUGGGAGCCUGGCGACGAAGCGGCAUCGCGGCAGGAGCGGCGGCAGCGGAAGGCAGAAGAAGGUGGCAUCACUGCUGCGGCUCCUCCUGCUGUUGGUGCGGACGAAGAGGAGCCUGCGACUGCGAUGGAGGCCAAGGUUGAGGCCGGUGCGGAAACAGCUAAGCUCGAGUUGCAGGAAAAGCUGCUGGCGGUCCGGGCGGACGGUGACUUCAGGGCUAUCGUCGGCGCAGAGGAGCGAGCCGCAGUGGAGGGUGGCGCCGGCGUGAAUGUUUCUCCAGCAGUCCAGAAGCAGGGCCCGGCUGGCGGCGGCCCGUCGCCGGUACUCACCUUGGCGCAGGAGCUGGUGACGAUGGCGGCACAGGCGGCUGUAGCUGCGGCGUCGGUGGCGGCGGGAGCAGAGGCGGCGGAGGCUGGGCCUGGGGCACAGGCAUCGGAGGCGCAGGCGGGACUGCUGCCCUCCGCGACUGCAAUGGCGCAAGCGCCGGCCAUGGCUGCUGCCGUGCCUGAUGCGGGCGUAGCGCUGUUGGGGGAGGCGGAGGCUGUGCCGAAUGCAAGCGCGCAGGCGGCUUGUGUUGGGCCUUCCGCAGCAGGCAUUGACCCCUCCACCGUGCGUUGCGUCUCCUGCAGCGCGCCCUACGAGCUUGCUACGAGGAAGGGCGGUUUCUUCGCCCACGGCACCGGCGCCUACACGUGCCACCGCUGCUGCCACGGUAACUUGCGCGCCCACGGCUUCUACGGCCCGCUCGGAACGCGGUCGCUGAAGGAGGCGGGCGGGCGGCAGUGCGCCGAGUGCGGCACGGAGGCAUCGCCCAAGUGGCGCCCGCACCCGUUGCGACCGGGCGCCUAUGCCUGCAGGCCGUGUGAGCCGUCAUUACGCACUGAGAUGGAAAGGGCUCGGCAGCGGCGGCUGGCUGUUCAGGAAGGGCGGGAGCAUGGCAACUUCACAGACGGCAUCAGGGAUGGCAGCCCCCCGCCGGCUGGGCCACCAGCGCCCAGUCAUCCAGCGCACACCGUGGCGUCCGCUACGGGUGGUGCUGGAGUGGCGGCGGCUGCGGCAGCUGUGGUGGCUGCUGCCGACGGUGUCUUGGGCGCCGGUGCCGAUGCGGGUGCCGGUGCGGGUGCCGCGCCAGCACCGGUGCCUCAGGCAGGGGCCUCAGACGCCGGGCUCCCACGCGCCGCGGUGUGGCUGUCGGCGCCACCAGUGCGCGCAGCCGCGCGCACCGCGCACCACCGCAUACACAAGCAGCUGCAGAAGCCGCAGGCUGCGCCGGCCAAGGCCUCGCGCCUGGAUGUGGUGGCGGCGGUGGCGGGUGGCGAGCACGCGGCCGCCGCUGUACAGCAGGCGUGCACCGCUGACAGCGCAGGUCCUGGGGAGGCGCAGGUGGAGGCGGAGGCGGAGGCGGAGGCGGAGGCAGAGGCAGAGGCAGAGGCAGAGGCAGAGGCAGAGGCAGAGGCAGAGGCAGAGGCAGAGGCAGAGGCGGAGGCGGACGCGGAGGCGGUGGCCCUUGGCAGCCCGCAGCUCAUGCCGCAGCCGAGCCCGGAAGGCCUCACAUGCUCGGAGCCUGGGCUACCGGCUGCCGGCCAGGCAGCGGCGCCGCCGCGGCUGGCAGCGGCAAAUACUGGCCGAACUCCCGCCGGCGGUGCGGCCUCAGCAGCGCCGCCCACCACCACUGUGCAGAAGAAAUGCGCCACCUGCGACGCGCCCUGGGUGCGCCGCCGGGGCGUGCCAUCCGGCUUUUUUGCCCGCGGCACCGGCACCCACGCCUGCCACGGCUGCUGCCUAAAGAACAGACAGUCUCACGGCUUCUACGGGCCGCCCGGGACGCGGAGCCUGGCGGAGGCAGGCGGGCGGGUGUGCGCCGAGUGCGGCACGAUGACAGCAGCCCACUGGCACCUGGUCUGCCCCGAUGCGGGCACCUACACCUGCGGCCGCUGCCGCUCGAAGACAACGAAAGCAGCACGGGAGCGUGACAGCCCUGAGGGUCCAGGGCCGGCUCAAGAGCCAGGGCCAGCGGAGGACCUGCAAGCAACCCCGGCAGCCGCAGCAGCCACAGCAGCCACAGCAACCGCAGCAGCCACUUCAGCCGCAGCAGCCACAGAAGCUGCAGCAGCCACAGAAGCUGCAGCAGUCACAGAUGCUGCAGCAGUCACAGCAGCCACAACAGCCACAGCAGCCACAGCAACCGCAGCAGCCACUUCAGCCGCAGCAGCCACAGAAGCUGCAGCAGCCACAGAUGCUGCAGCAGUCACAGCAGUCACAGCAGCCACAACAGCCACAGCAGUCACAGCAGCCGCAGCAGCCCCAGCAGCCACUUCAGCCGCAGCAGCCACUGAAGCUGCAGCAGCCGCAGCAGCCGCAGCAGCCACAGCAGCCACAGCUGCCACAGCAGCCACAGCUGCCACAGCCGCCGAAGCAGCCAUAGCCGAGGCGGCGCCAGCGCAAGAGGCAGCAGGAACGGAAGCUUUCGGUAAUGUGCAGCAGCCAUCGGUCUCAUGCAUCACCUGUGGUGCCCCGAAAAAGUGCCGGUCCAAAGGCCCGUCCGGCUUCUUCGCGCGCGGCACCGGCGCCUUCACCUGCCACGGCUGCUGCUUGCGCAACCUCCACUCCCACGGCUUCUACGGCCCGACCGGGACGCGGAGCAUGGAGGAGGCGGGCGGCCGCGAGUGCGCCGACUGCGGGUCGAACACACCACGUCAUUGGCGGUGGCAUCCCACACAGUUGUCUCUCUACGUCUGUAGGGCGUGCGUGGGCAAGUGCAGCAAGCACAAGGCGAAGCUGUCAGUGCCGGGUGAGCCGGUCCAUGCUGAGGAGGAGGGGCAGGAAGAGGAGGGGCAGCAGGUGGGGAAGGAGGGACAACAGCAGGAGGCGGAGGGGCAGGAAGAGGCGCAGGGGCAGGAGGGGGAGGAGCGGCAGCAGGAGGAGGAGGAGCAGGCAGAGCUGCGGCGUCUGGCAGAUGAGCCACAGCGAGCACAGGCUGUAGAGGCGGAGCGGCACACGGACGAGCUUCAGGCGCUGGCUCCCGAGCCGCAACGGCACUCAUGGUCGCAGCUUCGGCAGGCUCAACCUGGACAGCAGCUGGCGGAGCGGCCGGCGGAGCCUCGGCAAGGGCCAGUAGCCUCCGCUGCCCGCGUGCACCGCACCGCCCCAGGCGGCCUGCAGCAUACCGCCGUGUCGGGUGCUGAAGCAGCAGCUGCUGCUGUUCCUGCUGCUGUGGCGGCGGCGGCGGCGGCAGCAGUAGCUGCUGACGCGCCGGCGUUGCGGUCUGUCGCUGGCAUGGUAGGAGGAGCUGCGUGUGCGGGGGCAGUGUCAGCGAGGGUUGGGGUGAGCGUGGGCCUCUUGGAGCGGCUGCCAGCACCGGGCGGCACGGCCGCUGCCGGACUUGCUGGCGGCCGCUCAGCUGCCAGAGGCAAGGCCGCCACUACCACCGGUGCUUGCGAGUGGUUGCCUGUGGUGCCGCCGCCUUGCGAGCAGCUGCCGCUUGCGCUGGACCAGUCGGCUGGAGGCGCUGGCAAUCAAGGCGAGGCGGCGGCAGCGCCGGUGGCUGCCGCCUCAGCCACGUCACCGGCAGCGGGGCCGCAAGGGUUUGUAAUCUCGACCGCAGCGGCCGCCUUCGCGCCAGCUACGGCCGCUGCAGGUGGCCCGGCACAACCAGCAGUAACACCAGCAGCAGUAGCAGAUGCGACUGUACCCGCCAGUCUGGAAGAGCCCGGCGUGCAGGUCCCAGCAGUAGCAGCAGCAGUGGCAGUAGCAGUCGCAGUGGCAGUAGCAGCCUCAGCCUCGGCCUCAGCUGGCGGGGUCGCGGCGGACAGCGGGGCUCAGCGAGCUGAGGAAGUUGAGGGCUGUGCGGGGCAGCUGGAGGCGGGCUCGCUGCACGGCGCUGCCGAAGAUGUGCAUGCACUGUCGCCGCCGUGGUCAACAGAGCCGGACGCGCAGCCACCACCGUCAUUUGAACCCGCGGUGCCCGCGGCAGCGACAGCGGCGGCGGAGGCGCAUGCGCGGCUUGCGCUAGUGCAGGAACAGGAGGUGGUGCAGGGGGGUGCUGAGAAGGUGCAAGCACGGCGAGCCGAGCCUGUUACGGUCGAGCCUGUUGCAGCCGGGCCUGCUGCUGGCGCGGGGAUCGAGUUGGGGGAUGCAGCCCAGGCGCCGGCGACCCGCACAGCACCAACUGGAAAGACCGCGGCAGCACAGCUGCUGCAGCCGUCACCGGCAACGCAGCUACCUGCACCUGCAGCGCCAACACCAGCAGCGGCGAAGGCGCCGGCAGAGGUGGUGCCGGAGCCGGACUUGGCCAUUGGGCCGCAGGUGGCGUCCGCUGUUGUGGUGGCGGGGGAGGCUGGAGUAGAGGCGCAGACGCAGACGCCAGAAGCGGCGGGGGCCGGCCCAACCCAUCUUUUGCCCCCGCCAGGGGACGAGCAAGCUGGAGGAGCAGUGACGGUAGCGGCAGCAACCGCAGACGUCGCUGAGACCGCGGCGGCAGCUCAGUCAAGGAACGACGACCGGCCACAGGAGCCAGUCGGCAGCUCGCACAAGCGGCGCCGCCUGGACGUCUCAACCAGCGGCUGGGCAGCUGUGCCUGGCAGCAGUGCUGGCAACGCAAUGGCAGCGGCUGCCACGGCGUCAUUCGCUGCCUCUGUCGCUGACGCUGCCGUUGUGAGGGAGCUGACUAGCGCUGCCCCAGGCACGUUGGCAACGGCGCAUCCGGACGCAGGCGCGAUGCUAGCAGCGUCAUGCAGGGCACAGACGGAGGCGCACACACUGCGGGCUCCUGUGCCCGGAUCGGGCGUUGCCUCAGGCUCGCUGACGGCCGCGGAGCAGCUCGGGCUGGCGGAGGCUCUGCUGGCCACAGCACGGGUGGGACAGCCGGUGGUGACAUCGCUAAUGCGCGCAGCACUGUCGCCUGCAUCCGCGGCAGCGCGCGCGUCCACGAGCUUGCCAGUAGUAGCGCCGGGAGGCUCCGUGCCCGGUGCUGACGGUGCGAUGAAUGUUGCAGCCAGGGCUGUAGCAGCACCCCCAGCUCCUCCAGCGCCUCUAGCACUUGCUGUACCUCCAGUACCUGAAGCACUUCCGGAAAUGGCGGCAGCGCAGCGAGCGGAGGCCGAGGCCGAAGCCGCAGCCGCGCCCGCUGCUACUACCUCCACAGCCGCACUCAGCGGCUCCGCAGCUGCGCCCGCCAGCGGCCCUGCCAACGACACCAGCGGCAUCCGCUGCAUAACCUGCGCCCAACCCUACUGCCAGCUGCUCGAUUCCCCAGGUUUCUUUGCCCACGGCACCGGCGCCUACACCUGCCACGGCUGCUGCAUAAGCAAUCUCACCUCCCACGGCUUCUACGGCCCGCCCGGGACCCGGAGCCUGCAGGAAGCCGGCGGCCGCGAGUGCGCCGAGUGCGGCACGGAGCCCGAAGGGCCGGACUGCGCCUGCUGGUACCUGGUCCAGCCCCCAGACCUAUCCUGCCGCAGCCAGUACCGCUGCCACGGCUGCCAUGUGGCGACGACCCGCAGUAGCGCGGCGAAGGCGGCGGCAAAGCAGGCCACGCCGCCGCCGCCACCUGUGUCACAGUUGCGUCAGCCGCCGCCGCUGGCUGUGGUGGUUCCCGCUGUCGAGCUUGUGCACUCCAGCCGCGAGCCGCUGGGCGGUACCGCGGUGACGCCGUUGUCAUACGUGCCUGCUGCGGCUGCGGUGGCUUCAGCCCAAAUGCCGACAUCGGCCGCCACGGAUGCGUUUGCAGCAAUGCCUGCCGCUCAAGCCGACGCCGCGGCGGCGCUGGCGCCUCCGCUACCUGCGCCGCAGCCAGGCGCUGCGCUCCCUUCACUUCAGUCAUUGCCAUCUCCAGUGGGGGCAGCGCCGAUCGCAGCAGCGCCCACAGCGCAGGCGGCGCCGCGGACCGCACCAGAGCUAACGCUGGGAACCAUCCGUUGCGGCAACUGUGCGGCGCCUCUGUCGCAAGAUGCCCGCGGCCGCUCUGGCUUCUUCGCCCGUGGCACCGGCGCCUUCACCUGCCACCGUUGCUGCCUGAAAAACAUUGCCGCGAACGGCUUCUACGGCCCGCCCGGGACACGGAGCCUGGAGGAGGCGGGCGGCCGCGAGUGCGCCGAGUGCGGCGCGGUUCAGUCAGGGAAAUGGUAUUCGGUUCGUCUGGACCAGGCGUCGACGGUAACCAACGCGUACCAUUGCGGCGCGUGCUACCGGAAGACCCGGAAGCGGGCGGGGUCCGGACCAGAGCAGCAAAAGCGGCAGCAGCAGGCGGAGGCCGCCGAUGGCGGCGAUGGUGAGGCCAACGAGGGUGGAGAGGAGGGGGAGGAUGCAGAUGCAGCUGUGCAGGCGGACAGGCGUGCAAAGCGGCCCCGGCAACAGCAGCAGCAGCAGCAGCAGCACGAAGACGUGGCGGCGGCGGCGGCGGCCGAGCCGGCGCCUAUGCGGGGCGUCCCGGCGUUGUUCACUGCGUGCGUGGAUGCGUCUGCGCAGGCAAUUAUUGCGCACGUCGCGACCGCACUGGGCAACGCAGGGGGCGGCGGCAUCGCGCCGACUGGUUCGCGGCGGCCUGUCUCUAAGGAGCAGGUGGCCGCACAUAUGACGACGUGGCUGCUGGCGCACGUGUGCCGGCGGCCGCUGGCGCUGAUGCUGGGGCCGGCCGCGGAGGCGCUGGGCUUCGACAGGGAGGAGCCGCCGCCGGGGCUGACGGCGGAGGAGCAGGCGGAGUGGGAGAGCGCGCGCAGUCGCGUGUGCAGGCGCUUCCAGAAUGCAGCGGAGCAGGCGAUGGCGGCAGCGGAACGCUAUGGCAGCAGCGCAGCUGCGGAUGCGCCUGGUGCUGGCGGCGCGGCGGACAGCGGCAAAGGCGCGGAAAGCUUUCGCUCUGCAACAUAUGUGGCAAGCAAGGCAUUUGCGUCGGAGCUUGUGCCAUGGUUGUUGACCCAGACGCAGGUGCACAAUCCGCCAGCUGUGGGACCCGGCUCCGCCAGUGCUGCAACGGGUGCGCAGUCUCCCGCUGACGUGCUGGCGGCGGCGCUGCAGCCGCUGCUGCUGCGGCCUGUGUGCGAGGGGCUGUGGUGGGCAUUGGCCGAGGGGGCGUUGAAGCGGAGACCAGGUAGAGAAAGGCAAGGCUGAUGUGGAGGUGGGAUUGCGUAGCCCACGGCGCAGGCAGGCCCACGUAAACCGAGACCCAGACCCGGCGUGGCCCGGGGUCGCAGGAGUUCCGCCAGGAUUCUGUUGCCUAGGCGCGUGAUGUAUGAGAAUGGUAUUUCUUUGCUUGCGACGGUUAGUUCAAGUUGCCGUGGCUGAGUGGCCAAGGCCCAGAUGGGUGACAUUGUACAGCACUGCCGCGUGUCCUGUGUCCGGAGCUUCGGGCAUUGCGUGCAGCCAGGCUUUGGCUAUUGGUGUGCGUGUGGUCGGAUUUGAUAUCCCCAUAACUGUGUGCACCGGUGUGGGAAUGUCCUGGUGUUAGGCUGUACAAUUGAACGUGUGUAGGGGGGCUGGCUCGGAAACGGGGGAAAGCAGGGGGGUGGACCUCGUAUGGGCUGUUAGCUCCACAGAAUGCAUUCAUUCACACGGUGGCAGCUAGGCACGAGGCCACAGCUAGGGCAGAUUGGUAAGUGUGUAGCAAAGAAGCUCCGCUUUCGCCAUCACAGUCAUGUGUUGAAAAGAAAACAACAAAACGAAGUCAUGUGUCUGUGUAGGACUUGUGUAGGAGGGUCCAGGAGACCAGGACCCUGCGUUUGUGUAGGCCCGCAUGGGGCCAGCGAGCGGUCCCAGAGUUGGGCGGUAUUGCUUUGGCCAGUCGUCGCUUAUAGCCUUUUGAUAGAUCCGUGGAAUCGUGGAUACGUCGCAUGUGGGUAUACCUUCGCAUCCCCAUGCCUCAUACAUGGCCCAUGCCCCAGCGCAUUCAAGAAGGGUGACCGAUGGCUGCGCCGUGCAAAGCAGUUAGAUGAGAUGAGCGUGACAGCUGCUGGAGUGCUAGACAU